CCUGUGCACGCGUUGAAACAUUGAUCAUCGAGCUUGCGAACACAACGCGCGGAUUCUCACGCGCUGCAUUAACUUUGAUACAACAAAAGACGGAAGAAAAGGAGGGUGGGGAAGAAAGAUAGAAAAAGGAAUCGCCAAAUAUAGACGGACCGAGCCGGCACGACGGAAACUCGCGAGACUCGCGGCAAGGUGAACUAUUGUUCGGGGAAUUUAUACUUCUAUCGAUAAGAAGUUGGAGCUCAACUUCGGUUAAGUUGAAAAUUCAUAUUUAAAAGCUGGAACAAAAGAAGCUACAUAGACAUGAGCGAUGACGAAACGAAACGUGAAUUCGAAAAAACGAUCGAUCUAAAUUUGGCUCUCCUGAGAUUGACCGGUGUAGUUUCGAGCGAAAGAGCGAGCAGAGACACGUUGGCGAGCUUGGCGUUCGUUUGCAUGACAAUUAACACCAUUUCGUACGUGUACGAAUUUGCAACGAGUUCGUACACUCUGGCCACCGUUUUGGAAUCAUUCGCAAUGAUCAUUCCACUCGUAGCAGGACAAACGCGACUCGUGAUUCUUUUGUGGUUGCGCGAUUCUUGUCAAACAAUGUUGAACAUUUGCGAGUCUUUCUGGUCGACUUUAAAUUCACGCGAAAAGAAGAUCGUUCGAAGUUACACGAACAAGGCGAAACUGUUGAGUCGCUGCUACUUGUUUAGUUGCGUUUCCACUAUAUUCUUCUACGUGCUGUUGAUAGAAUUUGGCUCUUUGAUAUUUAGCGAACCGAAGCAUUUCGCGAAUGUUACGAUUCAUGGAAACGACAGCAGCUCUGUUCCGUCGGAAGCCGUGAAAUCUCUGGAAGUGACGGACGAUAAGCGACGAUAUUUACCAUACGCGUUUUUUAUCGACGUACAAGAAACACCGUGGUACGAGAUCGCGUACGUUGUUCAACUUGGGUCCAUGGUCAGCGUCGGUUUGACCUGCGUCGGCGUGGACACGACUGGUCCUUUGCUUAUUCUGAUCGCGUGCGGAUAUUUCGACACGAUUCAAUCUAGAAUUGAAAAUUCCUAUUCGUUUGAAUCACCGUCGUCGCCACCGAUUUUGGCGUCGUUAUCAAUCGCAACAAAGGCGAAGACCGCAACGGAAACCACGUUUGUUACCGGAAUAGAAUCGUCGUCAAGGAACGUAGGCAUGAAAAAUUUGCGAACAUGCUUGAAUCAUCAUCAACUGUUACUAAAAUUGUGCGAGGAUAUCGAAAACUUGACAAAUAUAAUGUUUCUGAUACAACUGAUCACCAGCACGUACAAUAUCUCAUUGAUUGGCUUCAAAGUAGUCGAGGACAAUCCCGGCAAGGUCAAGUUCGUCACGCAACUUGGGAUCUUUAUUAUUCAGCUCUUUCUCUGCAAUUGGCCACCGGAUCUUCUUCGAUCGAAGAGUGAAGCUAUUGGCCACGCCGGGUAUUCGAUGCCUUGGUAUCGGUAUCCUCGCAAUUUACAAAAUCCGGUGAACAUGCUUAUGGUGAGAGGUCAAAAACCGGUCCGCUUGACUGCUGGGAAAUUCAUCGAGCUGUCGCUGGAAACGUUUGCCUCUAUGAUAUCCACCGCUGCUUCGUUUUUCACCAUGAUGCGAAGCAUGAACUGACUUUCGUUUCGUGAAACACCGACCAUAAACGCGCGCCAUCCAGGACACGAAGAAAACGUUACCUUCUUCACGCUCGUCCAAUAAUCGUUGUAUCGGAUGUCAUUCGAGUAUUUCCAGCGAAUACGAGUAGACGGCUGAUCGAAUAAACACGGUUGACUGAGAAUA